UGGAUUUAAUUUUUCUCUUGGCUGGGCGGAAAGUUCUUGUCAUCUUGGAAAAAAUUGACGGUUGACCAACUUCAACUCAAGCUUCAUCCUUCAAUUGAUUUUUUUUUUCUUACCAGCAUCAAUCCAUUUAGUUCACACAUAAUCUAUUCAAGAUGUUUGCUGCAUCAAGGAUCCAGACCCGUGCCUUUUCGGCUGCGGCGCGCAACCUCUCCAAGGUCACCGUUCUCGGUGCCGCCGGUGGUAUCGGUCAGCCUCUUUCCCUUCUCCUCAAGCUCAACCCCAGGGUUACUGAGCUUGCGCUUUACGACAUCCGUGGAGGACCCGGUGUCGCCGCCGACAUCUCGCACAUCAACACCAAGUCCAACGUCAAGGGCUACGACCCCACGCCUUCCGGACUUGCCGCCGCCCUCAAGGGCUCCGAGGUGGUCCUCAUCCCCGCCGGUGUCCCCCGUAAGCCCGGCAUGACCCGUGACGACCUUUUCAACACCAACGCCUCCAUCGUCCGCGACCUGGCCAAGGCCUGCGCCGAGUCCUGCCCCGAGGCCAACAUUCUGGUCAUCAGCAACCCCGUCAACUCGACCGUCCCCAUCUGCGCCGAGGUCUUCAAGGCUCGUGGUGUCUACAACCCCAAGCGCCUCUUUGGUGUCACCACCCUUGACGUCGUCCGUGCCUCGCGCUUCGUCUCUGAGAUCAAGGGCACCGACCCCAAGGAUGAGAACAUCACCGUUGUUGGUGGCCACUCUGGUGUGACCAUCGUUCCCCUCUUCAGCCAGAGCAACCACCCCGACCUGUCCUCCAACGACCAGCUCGUCAACCGUGUUCAGUUCGGUGGUGAUGAGGUCGUCAAGGCCAAGGACGGUGCCGGCUCCGCCACCCUCUCCAUGGCCAUGGCCGGUGCCCGCAUGGCCGAGUCGGUCCUGCGCGCCGCCCAGGGUGAGAAGGGUGUCAUCGAGCCCACCUUUGUCGACUCGCCCCUCUACAAGGACCAGGGUAUCGAGUUCUUCAGCUCAAAGGUCGAGCUUGGCCCCAACGGUGUCGAGAAGAUCCUGCCUCUGGGUGAGAUUGACGCCAACGAGCAGAAGCUGCUCGACGCCUGCCUGGGUGACCUGAAGAAGAACAUUGACAAGGGUGUUGCCUUUGUCGCCUCCAACCCGGGCAAAUAAAUGCAUCAUCCGUAGGGCUCGCUGAGUGUUGACUUUUUUUUAAUGGUCGGCGGGUUUGGGGUGAGUUGUGUUGAAUAUGACAGAGGGAUGCACAUGGAUGUCCGGUCGGCUCCAAAACAGCAGAUAGACGCUCACGUCGUGUACCAUAAAUUAUGAUUCUUCUGUUAUUGUUUGCUUGUCGUCAUUAUUGCGCCUUGCCCUUGUGAUGUGUUUGGUGAUAUUGGGGUCAUUAAUGUCAAAUUAUGUGGUGUCGUGUCGAACCGAACGAGCAUGACAAUGUUGAAAUUUUCCGGCUUUUUUUCUUGCUCAUUUUUUUCCCACCCAAUAUUCUCCAUCGAGUCCACGUGGCCCUUUGUGCGCUUUCAUCUGGCUCAAUCCAAGCUGCUUUCGUUGGUCUCUUACGACGCUAGUCACUGACGAGCGGCUUAACGUUGAAAGGUUUAUUAACAUCCCACCCAGUUUGGCUAAUCAUCCUGGCGCAUAUCUUACAACAAGCCCCUUCUCUUUACUGUACAAUCAUUUGGCCUGUCUCCAUCGUACUCUACCAAGUUCUCCCUGGGUAUCCAGCGCGCGACCAAUUCCAUACAAG